AUGAAGUGGAUUUUGCUCCUGUGCUUGGUUGACAGCCUGGGAUUGGGAUGGGCUGUUCCAUUGGAAAGCCUUGAAAAAUUCACACUGGAUUUCUUUCCCAACAACAGCACGCUUUUAGCAGCCACCUUGAGUACCAGCUUUCUUGUUAACAUUCCUAAGUGUGUCUCCUCCUCAAAAUUCUCUCCAUCCAAAGUCAGAAUAGCAGUAGCCCAGCUCCCUGAUGGAACCACCCCAACAGGUGUAACUGACACUGAAGAGAUUCAAAAUAUCCGGAAAACACCUCAAGCCACUAUAUAUUUUGCUGGUGAAUUCAAGAGUGUCCCAUGUACAGCAGCCAGGGACCUUGUGGUAAUGGACAUGGAUGAUAGCCAAUACGAGUUGAUCACAAUUUUAGGCUUCCAGGUGGGAGCAGAAUUUUGCCGUCAAACAAAAGGCCCCUUCUGCAAUCAAGCACUUAAGCCAUCCACUUUUUAUAGGGUGAAUUUCUUUCUUCUGGAUGACAAGUCUGAAAUAAGGGGUCAUACCGAUUGGUCACCCACAAUACAGACCAGAAGUGUGAAAAAUUAUGAUUCGGCUGACGUGGCAUUUGGAGGGCGAGCUGGAGGAAUGGUCGUCAUCACCAUUCUGGUCUCAAUUGGCGGAUUUGUCCUGGUGAUUGCCUUAAUCGCAGCAGUUGUUCUUUCAAACAAGAAGUAG